AUGGCCGGGGCUUGGCUGCUGCUUCUCUUGGCCCUCGGGUGUCCAGCCCUGCCCACAGAUCAUGCUUCCUUCCCUUCCUCCCCAGAGGCGACCACUCUCCUGAGGCUGGCACAACCAGGUGUGGGCGGCACCCCCUUCCCCUCUCUGGCCCCACCCAUCACGAUGCAGGUGGAUGGGAAGCAGCAGGUGCUGGUGGUCUGCCUGGUCCUCGAUGCCGCGCCCCCUGGCCUUGAGAGCCCCAUCUGGUUCUCAGCUGGCAACGGCAGCGCACUGGACGCCUUCACCUACGGCCCUUCCCCAGCUGCAGAUGGCACCUGGACUAGCGUGGCCCAGCUCUCCCUGCCCUCGGAGGAGCUGGCAUCCUGGGAAACCUUGGUCUGUCACACGGGGCCUGGGGCUGGUGAUCACAGCCAGAGCACACAGCCCCUGCAGCUGUCAGGAGUGACUUCCUCAGCGAGGACCUGCCUCUGGGAACCUCUUGGGGGGACGCCCGGCCGCGCGCUGCGGCUGGAGGCGCUGCGGCUGCUGCUCUUCAAGCUGCUGCUGUUCGACGUGCUCCUGACCUGCAGCCGCCUGCGCGCCCCGCCCGCCGCGCGCGGGGACCGGCCGCCGGCCCGCCCGCUGGACGCCGAGCUCCCCGCGCCGGCCGCCGGCCCGCAGCGCAGCCUGGGCGGGUAAGAGAGCCUCUGCCCCCACCGACUGCAAUGGCCGCCGGGAGAGGCCGAGGGCUCAGACCUUCUGCCCCGCCCUUCGGGUCCCGACCCUGGCGGGAGCCCAGGCCGGAAGGAAGGGAUGCUCUCUGCCCACCCAGCAGCGCCCAGCGCUCAGGACCCGCUCAGUAUGCAGACCUCCCGCCUCGGAGGACACCGCGACCUGCCUGCUCCUGGACCCGAGCUUCCUGGGGGUGGGGGCGCUCCCUCCUUCCACUGAGGCCGAUCGGAGGGAAAGGCUGCGUCUCCGGGACCUGGACAUUUGAGAUGCAGAACACCUAGGACCAUUAAAGGAGA